AUGCUCAAUGAACUACGGGAAGAGAUCAAUACACAUUCGCACCUUACUGUAGUGGACUUAAAAAAUUACCUACGACAUCAAAGAUUCGAUAUCUCAAAGUACUCUUCCAAGCGCAUUUACUUCUGGAAGUCUAUAGCAGGCCAGAAGUUAUUCCAACGUUAUGAUGACCACGUUGAAUCCGCUCGCAAGUUGCUCAAUGAAUACGAUAGUCAUGAUUUCUAUUUGUGCCUUGAUAUAAAAGAUUCGGAGAUCACAGCUAUCGGUUUUACUACCCCAUUGCUGAACGAAAUCAAGAAUUACGGCAUUAAUAUUACUGAAAUAUACUUAGAUAUCACUUAUAAAAUUGCACGUGGACGCUACGAACUUUAUGGUGUCAUAGCAGAA